AUGAAAGCGGUAAUCUUCUUUUUGACUCUCACCCGCCGCAUGGUUUUUCAUGAUAAAGCAUUUCAUACAGGAAGAGCACUGGCGUUAGACAUGGGAGUUGCUCAACGAAAGCUGGAAAGAAGAUCUGUCACUGUGCAGGAGGAAGGUGAGGAUCGUGUACAGCGAAGUCAGGUUGAAGAACCUCCUGAGUACACUGUGACUGGCCCAUCGUGUAGCCCACCCAAUAUACGACUAUGCUCUGCUUCUCAAAGGAGUAAAAGCCCAUAG